AUGAAUACCUCCGUUCUAACCGUUGGCGGUCAGCGCCGGAUACUCACCUUAAAACCGGAUCAGGUGGUGGAUCAGCUUCGGCGCAUGAUGGGCGUCAUGCAGCAUCACGACGCCGUGACAGGCACGGAGAAACAGCAUGUCGCGGAUGACUAUGCCGAGCGUCUGCAGGAGGCCGCCUACGGAUGCGAACGACUUGUCGCCGCUGUCGCCAAUGACUUUUUCGCGCCUGAG